UGUUCUGUGAUAGAUUUACCAUCCACCACUACGCAACUUUGCCAAGUAAAGUAUCGUGGGGGUGAAUUGAUGCUUCGGCAGGGAUGACCGCUGCACUACCGCCUUUACCGUAACUGUUCCAGACACUGGAGAAAUGUGUACUCAGUAAUGUGCCUCCAGAACUAUUACUGCCACCUUUUCCGGCAUAAUUGCAAUCUCAACGACUUCUUCGCGCAGAAAGCACCAACGGCCCCUCGCAGACCAUCGGCCAAGUACAAGUAGCGACGACGAUCAAUUCCCAAUUCCACCAACAUUCGCGGGGCAUAGGCACAGGCACAGGUACAGGUACAGGCACAGGCACAGGCACAUCCAACACGCAUGGCCAGCUAGACUGUGAUGUAUCUCAGGCGCAAAUCGGACCGAAGCGACUGCCUCACUCCUCCGCGAAGUUGAGAGGAGAGCAAUGGCUGCGCCGGCGAAGCAGUCUUCACGAUGGGGGUCAUUUCUACAGCAGGCUGUUGCGGGCGUCGAGUCGAGGCUGGAUAAUAUUCUGGCCGAAGAGAACGAGGCUACUACUACUCCAGCUAAGAAGGCCCCUCCUGCGCCAACAACCCCAACAAAACCAGAAGGCAGUAGGUUUUGAAGGAUCUGGGACAUCGUAAGAGAUAUACUCAUUUUUGGUGUUGUAGGUAUCUCACGAGCGGCCUCUGGAAGCAAUAGAGCCAAUGACCGGUUACAAGAACGUUUAGCGCGAGCUGUUGCGGCGAAGAAUACAGCACAGAAAACGGAGAAGGCAGACUCUCUUGCGCUCUCGUCUGGACCUCCGUCGCGGACUGGGAGCCCUGCCACGGUGGCUGAGAGUCCAAGGCAAAGCAUAGAUGUUGAGCGUACCAAGUUAGAAAGUCCCCCAAACCCAGCAACCCCACCCAACGAAAGCACUGCAUCGGAUGCUGCGCUUUCGAUUGAGGUUCAACCUCCUAAGUCAAGCGAGCAAGAACCAGAUUCAAAGUCAGCGCCCAAUGGUGUGCCCCAAAGCGUUGACCAUGAAGCCUCUCCUCGUCCCUCAAUGGACUCGGUGCGGCCUAGUUUACCUCGAAAUUCCACAGACUCGUUGAGAUCCCCGGUCUCAAAUCCUCGAGCAUCUACAGAAUUACAACCAAGCGGGACAAACCAGGCAAAAACGCCAGAAGAAUACGAAGCCCUUCUUAAACAGCUCCAAUCGGACUAUGAAACAUCAGAGUUGCAACGACAGGAGGAGGUUCAUACUUACAUCGAGCGAAUUGAUGCGUUGCAAUCUAAAUUACAGUACCUGGCAAAGGAGGGAGCGGACGCAGCACGAAAGGCAAGCGGAGCGGCCCAGUCCGGGAGUUUGGAGAAGAAAUUGGCGGAUAAAGACGAGCAAAUCGCGUUGUUGAUGGAAGAGGGACAAAAGCUUUCCAAGAAGGAGCUCAACCAUUUAACCACAAUCAAGAAGUUGAGGGCAAAGGCUCAGGAAGACAGCAAGGAACUUCUCGAGGCCAUGAAGAAGCAAGAGAAAGCAGAAACAGAAUUAUCGACAGUGACAGAUCGUUGGAGGCGAGCUCAAGGCUCGGAAAAGCUGCUUAAUGAUAAACAGAAACAGAUAGCCCAGUUGCAAAAAGAUGUUGAAUCUCUCAGAAGCGAAAACAUCACCAAGGAUAGCGUUAUCGCUGAUCUUAAACGUCAAGUGGAGGAGGCUGCUACUCAAGAAAGGGAAGCCGAAGCGAAGGCCGCCAACGAAGCUUUGGAAUUUGAGAAGAGUCGUGUUGCGGAGCUAGAGGAAGAUUUGGCAAAUCUUCAGAUUGAGAAGAAUCUUGCUGUAGAACGAGGGCAGAAUCAAAUGAAAGCUAUGACGGAGAAAAUGGAAAAGGAUCUUGAACGUGCACGUAUGACAGAGUUGGAGAUGAAGACGGAACAACAAAUGCUGGAAAGCAAAUUAGAGGUCAUGCGGGCACGAGCGGAGGAAGUUUCAUCAGGCACCACAGGCGACGCCCAAGCCAAGCUUCUACGCCAGAUUGAGACUCUUCAAAGUCAGUAUGCUGUUGCGAGUGAAAACUGGCAGGGUAUCGAGGCUUCGCUUAUUGCACGAGCAACGAGUCUAGAAAAAGAAAGGGAUGAAGCUACGAAGAGGGAGUCUGAUAUUAGGAAGAAAGCGCGUGAAGUGGUAAGUAGUCCCCUUUAUACUUACAUCCACAUAUUUAUUUACAUCUAUAGACUCUGAAAGCCAAAAGGCAUGAGGAUGAGCUCGAAGAAAUCCGGUCCCAGCUACCAAGUUUCGAGCAGCAACUUAAUGAACAUAGGACCAAACUUGAGAGCCUACAGCGCAGGGCAGAAGAAGCUGAAUCUUCUUUGGCUGCUGCUCAAGCUUCCUUCGCACAAGAGAAGGAGGCUUGGCAGGUAGAGCUUCUACAGAAGAUUGAAGAAGAAAGAAGUAAAUGGCAGGAAGAGUCUGGCUCGAUCAGGGAGCAUGGCCGCGCGGACUCACCUGUAACAUCCAUGAGAAGAGGCCUCACCACCGAGUUCCUGGGUCUCCAAAACCUACAACUACGGAGAGCAUCCUCGCGGUCUGUAAUCAGUGACACACCAACACAAGAGCGCUUCGUGGGUCAUCGCUCUUCACCACAGCCUCUCAGCAAAAUUUCCGGAAAUGCCACGCCCGUAAGACAAGACUCUGGCCGAUCCUUCAAAGAGAACUUCGACGUGUCUCACACGCCCUCCAUCACUACUGACCGUGACGACGAUUUCUUUGAUGGACCCCACGCCUCGCCCACGUCCCCGGACCAGACCAUAAAUGACAUGGUUUCCGUCUCGGCUGCGGGAGCAGGUCCUUCCGUGCAACUCGUUGAACGGAUGAGUUCCGCUGUCCGGCGAUUAGAAAGCGAAAAGGUCACUUCCAAAGAGGAUCUCUCGCGCCUAGCUGCUCAGCGGGACGAGGCGAGAGCGGAGAUCGUGGCGCUGAUGAAGGAGAUGACUGUGAAGCGGGAGAAGGAGAAGAGGAUCGAAGAGCUGGAAGAGGAGUUAAAGGGGGUUAACGAGAGAUAUUUGACGACGCUGGAGAUGCUGGGGGAGAAGAGUGAGAUGGUUGAGGAGCUGAAGAGUGACAUUGUUGAUAUUAAGGGGAUGUAUCGGGAACUGGUUGAGAGGACUGUUAAAUGAUUACAGGAAGUGAGAAUAUGGGCAGGCUAGGGUAGGAAACGGUCCUUGGCGAGGGCUUCUUCUUUUUGGGAUAUUAAUUGACUGAGGGAUAAGGGUGGGGAAUGGAUGGGGUCAUGUAUUAAGAUUCGUUCAUCUUGAGCUUGAGGAUAUACUUACACCUCCCUUUUAUGGCCCAUGUAUGGCUGGCAGGCUGGCAGCAAGAUGGGUUUAGAGAGAGGCACAGGCGUUUUUUGUUUUUGAUAUACAGAUUUUGAGCGUUCUUCCUUUUGUUUUUCUCUUCUCCUCGUCUUCUUUUCCUCUUUUCACUUUAUAUUGACUUGUAUGAUUACAUAAAUUUAUAUCACUUUACCA